AUGCUUCUUAUUCUAAUAGCUUCGUCUCUCCUGGCAGGCCUUUCACAGGCAGGAAUCACGGAUUUGAACUGUACACACAUGGUUGGCGGUUCUCCAAAAUACGCUCAAUCGGCGGUGAACUGCAAUAACAGAAUUUCUGAUGCCGCCUGUCUAGUCAUUUAUACAGCAGCAGUGAAAGUGGAUGAUGAUACCGAUCGAGAUGCAAAAUGUGCCGGGAAUCCUGUAAAUCCUGCACUAGUUCAAGGAGCUAUAGAUAUUUGUCCCAAGACAUGUGGAUACUGCUGCCUUACACCCGCCUUCAUGUGUGAAGACAAACGGCAACCACGAAUCCCAUGCUCUUCGGUGACGCAGGACAUGUGCGAAAGUAUAGCCUGGAGAAGUAUCCUCGAAGAGGACUGCCCGAAAACAUGUGGUCUCUGCACAGCAGACGACCAUGUUCUUCUUCUUUCAGAUGCCAGAGCUGGAUCAGAAACGGAUUUUGCACGAGCACAUUCUACUCUAAUGCGCAAAAAAGGCAGUACUGUGGACGCCCCUGCGGCCUGUGCUAGAAAGUGA